AGGAACUGGCCGGCCGCUGCCUCCUGGCCCGGCGGGGGCGUGUGGCGCCCGCCGGGCUUUCGGGCAGGUGCGUGCCGCGGGAGCGGGACUGGCAACCCCGCUGCUUCCAGGCGGGGCCCUGACUGCGGGGGGUGGUUAAGCCGCGACCUGGAACAGUCCUGUGCCCCCGCCCCGCCGCCGCUCCGCGGGUGCCCGACGCUGCGGGGCGGGGGAGGGAGCCGGGCGGCGCUGGGCGGCGGCACCGCAUGCGCAGGAGGCCAGGUGGCUGCCGGCUGCGAGGAGCCGGUAGCAUCGCGGGCAGCCCGGCGUCCGCAUGGUGCUGUGUCAGGGCGGCGAGGCCGCCGCUGUUCCGGCCGCGAGCGGGAAGGAGCCGGAGGUGCCGCUGAGCCGGGAGGACGGUGCGGGGCAGCCGUGCCUGUGCCCGGCGCCCGGCAUGGAGGCGGCGGGCGCCGAAGAGCGCCGCGUUUGUGGCUGCUGCUCGGGCUUGUCCUGGCCGCGCUGCUGCAAGGCACCUGGAACAAAGAAAAAAGCUGCGUGUCCAGGACUUGGUCUGUUUUAUACCGUACUGUCUGCCUUCCUUUUCUCAGUGGCCUCUUUAUUUCUUAAAAAAAUAGAAGAUGUACAUUCAGUGGAAGUGAGUGCAUUUCGAUGUGUUUUCCAAAUGGCAUUUGUUCUUCCUGGUUUAAUAUAUUACAAAACAGGGUUUUUGGGACCAAAAGGUAAAAGAAUUUUUCUUUUCUUCCGAGGAUUCCUUGGCUCUAGCGCAAUGAUUCUUCUCUACUAUGCUUUCCAAGUCAUGCCACUAGCUGAUGCCACUGUUAUAACUUUUAGCAGUCCUGUUUUUACAUCAUUGCUGGCAUGGAUCUUUCUCAAGGAGAAAUACAGUAUUUGGGAUCUUCUGUUUACCCUCUUCGCAAUCACUGGAGUGGUUCUUAUUGCCAGACCACCAUUUCUGUUUGGGUCAAACGUUACGGGGAUUGAAGGAAGUUACACAGAUCACCUUAAAGGAACUAUAGCAGCGAUCACAAGCACAGUAUCUGCAGCUUUGACUUUUGUUAUACUAAGGAAGGUGGGAAAAUCUGUGCAUUAUUUUUUGUCCAUUUGGUAUUAUGCAGUCAUUGGUUUGAUUGGAUGUGUUAUAGCAUUAUUUGUUAUGAAUGAAUGGCGUUUACCAUACUGUGGUAAAGAUAGGGUUCUUCUAAUAUUAAUAGGCUUGUUAGGGUUAGGGGGUCAGAUAUUUCUCACAAAAGCAUUACAGAUAGAGAAAGCUGGACCUGUAGCCAUAAUGAAAACAAUGGAUGUGGUGUUUGCUUUUAUUUUACAAAUUCUUUUUCUCAAUCAUCUACCAACUUGGUGGACUGUGGGAGGUGCCCUUUGUGUAGUAGCUAGUAGUUGUGGAACUGCCAUUCGUAAAUGGCGACAAAGCUUGAAAAAAGCUAAACAAAAUGAAAUAUAACAAUACAGACACUAAUUCAUUACAGAAACAAGCAAUCUUGAAAUAUAUAUACAAUAUUUAUUUUUAUUUAUUUUAAAUAUCUCAUUUACCAAGUUAUAUCCAAUAAAAUAUGUUGAUUUAAAAAAAAAAAAAGCCAAAUUGAAGAUGUUUUUACAACUGAUUAGAUAUAUGCUUUUCUUAUGUUUAGGCAUGCAAAUAUGAGAAGUAGAAAGAUACUUAAAAGUUGUUUGCUUCCUGUCAAAAGUGGACAACAGUUUUUUGGCUAUUAUUUUCCUACAAUUCCUGAUUCUCCACUUCUUAGACCCUUUCUCUAUUCUUCUGAGCAGUGCAAAUCAGUCUCCCAGGCUUACUUAAUACUAUUCUGUGCUUGAUUACCAGAGGGAUUGCAGUACAAAAGUUAGAAGGGAACAAAGAGUUAUAAUCCUAUAAACAUCCAACUUUUAUAGAACAGAUAAAGCUUGCAUAUUUACAAGCUUUCUAUUUUUUUUUUUCCACAAAACAGAUGCCAAAUGGGGAUUUAUUUUUAAUUUGGACUCUAAAAGAACAAAGGCUAUUUCAUCUUUCCAAGCAAUAUCAAGGGAAAAUUAACUUGUGAAAAUUAUCUAUCAGCUUUGCUUUCUUUUAAAACAAAUUUUAAAUGUUUGCACUUGCUUUACAGGCAUAAUGAAACAACCUAAUCCCUUUUUUUAAUGUGAUUUUCCCAAUAAACGUGUCUUUAGUUGCUGCAGUCUCGGUGAUGCAAAACAACAGUUGAUUGUAUACCACUUGUAAAUUAGCUAUUUCUUGUGGUAUGGAAUGUUAUGCUGUAGCUGCACUUUUCUUUAUUCUAUGCAAAAAAUUAUAUUUUUUAGAUAUUUAAUAUAGGUUAUUUUAAAUGCUGCUUAUGACCCUUCUGUUUAGAUUCUUUUGUACAAAGUUCUUUAUGAGACCAAGUUUAAGUCUUCUUGGCCUUCAUAAAGUUAGGAGGAUUUACAAUAAAGCAUUUGCCUAUAUCCUAAGAAUUUACAAGAGUGCAGAGUAAUUACAGUUUCAAAGAAAAUGCAGGUUGGCCAAGAUCAUAGCAGAGAUUCUACAGAACAGGUUUGAGGAGAGCUUGAUGGGAGGGUGGAGCUAUGCAUACACAUCUCAUGCCAUGGAGGCAUCCGCACUACAUCAGGCAGUGCUAGUGGGCGGCUACAGCCCCAUUUCUCCAGCUGGCCCUUUUGAAUCUGCACUUAGUCACUUCUCUUACACAUCUUCUCACUUUUGUAGGCUUCAUCUUGAUAGCAACAAAUACUAAGAAAACAGGCUUGUGUUAUUGAUCUUAGUGUCCUUCAUGUUUGAGGAGGAAUAUAUGUUUAGUAUCAGGUAGAGGGAUUUUCCCAAAUGGAAUCUUAGGUACUUUUGGGUCUUGUCUCAGUAGUGCUUAAAGAAAAUUUUAACUUGGGUCUUUAUUUGGUCCUUUGUAUCAUCAGGUGGUUUUCAGUUAUUUACUCACUCUAGUGUUUUUUCUGAAGGAGAAUGCUGCCUUCUGUAGACUUGAUACAUGUUUUUUUUCAAAAUCACUAAAGGUGGCAGGUGUUUCCUUAUUUUGAUUUACUCCAGUCACAUAUCUUUUCUUUUGCCAAUAAGCAUUGCAUCCCGGCAGGACAGAUCUAGGGACCUGAGUCCCGAAGGACUGGAACGUGUAUAGUACUUUGGGACGUAUCUGGGUGUGAGGAGCCAUCUUAGUGCAAGAUUCUGUGCGUAAACCAGCAUACUGAAUCCGUAUAUGUUUAUGGACACGAGCAGACUCCACUUGAGUGAUAGAAUCAGUUCCUGCUUAUAGCUGUCCAUUCUCUGCUUCUUCUGAAGGCUGAAGUUCAGCUACUGCUGACAAGGUCAGGAGUAAGUAUGAGCUGCUUUCGCGUCUCUUUAAAGCCUGAUGUAAUAACAAAAUUCCAGUUUGGCACCCAUUUCACUUAGUACUUGAAAUUGUAAACUAGGAUUGUUUCUUCUGCUGCUCGGCCAUCACUGCCAUUGAGCAACAGCUUUCAGGGGAGGGAAGGAAAGCAGACAGCAUUUUUUAUGGCUUCACUUCAUGUUUAAUAUGCAUGUGUUUGAAUUGACAGUUAUAAAGGUGUGGUUCCAAAGCAGUUCAUAUUGAUGUCAGCUUGGGUUGUCAGCGGGUCCUGCUCCUUCCCGUUGGCUCGGUGCUCAGGCUUAUGUGGUUGUGUAGUGAGCUGGGAGCUGAUCCAGCUACAUAACUUUUUAGUAAGGUUGCUGGAGAGGGCAAAACCAGAGUAGCCUGAACUUGAUGACAGUGUGAAAACAUUAGGAAGGGGAAUUAGAUAAUAGUUUAAAUUACAGAGUGCUGUUUUGUCAGUACAGAAUAAAAAUGAUGUGGAAGUUUAUAUCAAAAAAAAUCUUUAGGUCAUAUGAUUUCAAUGAAUCUUGUUUACACUUAAUAGAGGAGAGCAGACUACUGAAGAAAGGACUGUUUUCUUGCCCUUAACAAAGCUGACCUGAAAUCAACAACCUGAUAGAGAGAUUGGUAAUUUUUCUCUCAAGUUCUUGCAGAAACUCUUUUGAUAUAUUUCCAUACCUGUAGUGCCAAAAGCCCCAGAUGAUUAUUUUUUUUUCUUUGUCCAGACCUAUAGGGUUUCCUUAUGGCUCCAUCUACUUAUUUCCUUUUGCUGUUCCUAAAACUUCCUAAAUACUUAAGUUGUUAAAAUAAUAAUUUAAACAAGAUCCUAUGCUGGAGAACAUUGUGUUUUUUUGGAACAUGAUUUUGAUCCAUAUUUUAGAGAAUUGUUUAACUGGUGUGAGAAUGAAGGACUUGACUAGGGCUUCUGUAGUCAUAAAGCAUGACAAGCUAGCUUCUGUAACUAGCUUUUCUAGAUGAUUUUGGGGAUGGAAGACAUUUAAGCUUUAAGUUUUUUUCAACCACCUCAAUUUUAAAAUUUUUCUUCUUCUCAAAUGUAGGUUGAAAGCCUAAAUUUUAGUUGGAAGCCUUGAAAAGAAUGAAAUUAUACAAAAAUAUGGAUACCUGAAAAUGUUGGGGUUUUUUUUUAAUUGAAAAUAUUUCUUACAAUUCUUGUGAAGAUGGUCAAACUUUUUUUUUUUUUUUCUUCCAGAGCUUAACAGUUUGAGAAUCAGAAUGAAACUGGCUGAGCCUUGAUUCUUUCAGAUUCUGAUUUUUCCUAUUUUUUUUUUUUUUUCUCUUUUCAUGGAUAGAUUUUACUUUCAAAAUCUUUUUUAGCUUUUUAAGUUUUAAUACAGCAAGUUUCUCAGGGUCAAAUGUUAUUUUUCUGAGCUUUGAGUCAGAAAUAUAUUAUUAAUGUUAAUCACCUGUAUUUUUAAGUUUGAUAAAUGUACUUUUCUAAUAGGAAGUCCUUCCUCUGUAAUAUGAUGGAAUGUUGUUGGAUUGCAAUUGCUAUGCUGUAGAGUUAAGUUUCUCUUGAAUUUCAACAUAUUAAUUCAAUGUACUGGUUUCACUGGAUCCUGAAUAGAAAGAGUAAUAAUUAUUGGUUAUUUUGCACAUAAACACAGGGUAAAAAGAUUUAGUUGUUACUGAUGCAUCACAAGCAUGUUUCUUAUGUUCUUUACUAUGCAAAACACUGUAAUCAUCUGUUGUCUUCAGUGGGACUUUAUAGCCUUAAAGCCUUAUGUACCUGACUCUUCUAGAGAAAGCUGAUGGCUGAAAAAGCUAUGUACUGUCACUGUGCAGCAGCCAAUUUCUUUCAGAUUAAGUUGGUUGUCAAAGUAUGCUCCAAAAGCUCUCUAAAUACAUCUACACUAAGAAUUUGACAAGCUCGUGUAGGCAAGGGCAGUCUACAUAAUUAAAAUGUAUUUCCCGCAUUUGUCUAACACCAGCCAUGAAGUAACUUCAGCGUAACAGCAUUGGUGAAAUAACUAGUUCAAUGUGCCAUUUUUCUUCUGAAACUAGGUUCUUUCCCAAUUCCAAAAACUGUUCUAAGAUGGCUCUUCCUGUAAUUGAUAAUGACAAGAUGGAUAGUACUACCCUUGAUCAUCAUUUAGUAUAAACACUUCCCCCCCUGUAGUAGCUUCUCUUCCUUGAGCUGUUGUUCAAGAGCUGUCUGUUCGAAGAAAGCUUAUUUCUAGAGAGACAGCCUCUUAAAAAGUUAUUUCCUUGCUAACUAGUAGUAGUUAACCAGGAAGAGUCUGUUUUCCAGUUCUCUAACCAUGGUAACCAUGGUAGGCUCAUCUGUGGCAUCAGUCCCAGAAGGGUAGUAGAAGCACGAUCUCUGUCCCUGCAUGGAUUCAGGGUUGGUAAUGCUGACAGCAGAUGUGCAACACUGACUUCAGCAGGAUGUUGCAGUUACCAGCAGAAUGUUUUUGUGGUCAUUAAUUUUGCCUGUCCAUCCAAAGAAAAGUUGUGGCUUUAUGUUCCUGCAGAUGCAGGUAACUUCAGGGUGGAACAUACAUAGACUUAUAUGGUGAUAACACUUCUGUGUAUCAGAAUGAGUAAUUUCCGAUGUUAUGUGAGUUAUUGCUUGACAAAAAGGGGGUAAAAACACCCUCAGCAUUUAUUAAAGGAUUUUUACUAUGUCCUAUAUAUUGUUAAAUAUAUGUUGAAUGAUACGUUUUGUAGAAGUUACUGGCUUUGUUAUGUAGUAGUAUAUUUUUAUAGACAAUUCUUAUAUAUUGAAAUGUUAAGAAUAUUUUCCUAAGAGUUUUAUAUUCCUCAUUGCUAAUAAAAUGAAUCUGAAGAAUUAA